UGGUGCUUUGUGAUGUCACAAAGCAUUGGUCUAGCUGCCUCUCUCACCGUGGUGCAUCAACCCCUCGCCAUGGUGCUUUGUGAUGUCACAAAGCAUUGGUCUAGCUUGGUCUACUAUAAAUCAAGCACCAACCCUCAUCAGUUGAUAGAUCCGAUCUGAGACACUUGUCAGCCAGACGCGUACCUUUACACUGGUAUACGGUCCAGAAACUAACUCCCCAAGAUUAGCAAUGGACAACAGGCUGAACAGUGAGGCCCCAAGCUCGGCCCCAAGAGGUGUAUCAGAGGAAACAAUGGAAACCAACAAGAUUAAAGAGCUUGAUCUUGUUCCGGCUGAAAGGCUGAGGGCUGACACUCUCCAGAAGGAACUGGAGGAAUUUAAGCCAGAGGUAAAAGAGAAAGCCAGCCAAGACGUGAAGCAGGUUCAGAAUCUGGAGGUGGAGAUAUUUUCACUGGAGCAGGAGGUUCAGGCCCUGAAGGAAGAGAUCCUGAGAAGGGACUCAGAGGAAACAAACAAGAUUCAAGAGCUACAAGAUCUUGUUCAGCACAAAGACGAUCAGCUGCAGGCUGAAAGGCUGAGGGCUGACACCCUCCAGAAAGAAGAGGAGGAUUUUAGGCGGGAAGUUCAAGAGAAAGCCAGCAGAGAUCUGGAAGAGUUUCAGAAUCUGGUGGCGGAGAAAGUUUCCCUAGAGCAGCAGGUGGGGAACCUGCAGGAAGAGGUCUCGAGAAGGGAAGCAGUGGCAACAGGCAUUAGCAACACGUUUAGAGAGAUACGAGCCGACCUUCAGAGCGCAAAAGACGCGAACGAGGUUUUUACGCAGAAGCGUGACAUCGAUCGCGCGCAAACGCUGGAAAUUAGCCAGGCGUUACAAGAGAGAACCAGAAGACGGAUGACGACCCUGGAGGAAGAGGCCUCGACAUGGGAAUCAAAUGAUAUAAACAAUAUAUCCAUGAUUCAAGAGCUUGAAGAGUGUGCUAGGGCCUUAGAGACCCAGCUGCAGGCUGCAAAGGCCCCAAGCUCGGCCCCAAGAGGUGUAUCAGAGGAAACAAUGGAAACCAACAAGAUUAAAGAGCUUGAUCUUGUUCAGGCUGAAAGGCUGAGGGCUGACACCCUCCAGAAAGAACUGGAGGAGUUUAAGCCAGAGGUAAAAGAGAGCGUCAGCCAAGACGUGAAGCAGGUUCAGAAUCAGGAGGUGGAGAAAGUUUCCCUGGAGCAGGAGGUGAAGGCCCUGCAGGAAGAGAUCCCCAGAAGGGCAUCAAAGGAAACAAACAAUACAAACAAGAUUCAAGAGCUCCAAGAUCUUGUGCAGCAUAAAGACGACCAGCUGCAGGCUGAUAGGCUAGAUCAGGAGGGGGUCAGCCAGGCUCUUCCGGAGGAGGUGGAGCAGCUCCAGGAAGAAAUAAAGACCCUCAAGCCUGAGAAGGAGGCAGAGCCCUCCCUCACAUCAGAUAACGUCCAGGUCGAUUGUGAGGGGGACACUCCAAACAUAGUCCAGGAGACAUCUGAGACCACCCAGACAGCACCUGAGGUAGUGGAGGACAUCUCUUUGUGGAGGAGGUUUAAAAAGUUCAUGACUCCUCACAGUCGCCGCCAAUACAAACAUCUGAGAUGGCAGAAGCAGGACCAAGAGUGAAACCCCCAGCCCUUCUGUUCCCAGAAGGGCUGGGCACAGAGGAACAUGUGAAGUCCUGGCAGACAGAAGCUGCUGGACUCUGUCCGGGUUUUCUCCGGGCACUCCGGUUUCUUCCCACCAAAUACAACCUGGAAAAAAAUACCUUUUAGAAUAGUUUCUUAAAAAUGUCAAUAAAAAAAAUUUAACUUUAACAAA